GCAUAAAAAUUGGCGGGGAUGAUAUAGCAUUAAAGGCGUUGCCGUUUUCCAUGUUUGAUAACUUUUUGCAAGUCGUGGCUCACUGCGACAAAUACCCUUACGGUACUGCUAAUGACGGCUCUGUCCCCAUUGUCCUGAACGGACGCGUUAUUGGCAACGUCCUACCCAACGUCCGGAAUCCUUUAAUUGACUACAAUGACAACUGCCAAAAACCACCAUUUCGAAUUACUCAUCAGAUUGAAUUCCAACCAUGGGUCGAUUCGUUUGACAAGCGUACCCAAGUCGUCAAAGAACUCAUGGAUACGUGGCGUGCCGACGGAAUGCAGUCGCUGAAAGGCUGGCGCAACGAGCUGUAUCCAGUGUAUGGUGUUUCAGGCGAGCCUGACUUUGUCAUGGAACGCGCCGCAACGCCUUUAUUCGGUAUCUCUACGUUUGGUGUCCACGUCAAUGGAUAUACCGGCGAUAAGCUCUGGGUGGCGCGUCGCAGCAAGUCCAAGCAAACAUGGCCUGGUCUUUUGGAUAACAUCGUCGCUGGCGGCAUCUCGUACCAAUACUCGACCCAAGAAACGGUUGUAAAAGAGUGUGAUGAAGAAGCAAGUAUCCCGUCCUCGAUUGCAGGUAGAGCAAAGAAUGCCGGUAUUGUCUCUUAUUACACAGUAACCGAGUUUGGAUUGCAGCCCGAGACACAGUACGUAUUUGACUUGCCAAUUCCUGAAGACUUUACGCCGACUCCCAAAGACGGUGAAGUGGACGAGUUCUAUCUGAUGGACAUGGAGGAGGUGAAGAAGACAAUUCUAAACAACGAAUGGAAGCCCAAUUGUGCUCUGGUUACUAUCGACUUUAUGGUACGCCAUGGCAUCUUGACGGCCGAUAAUGAGCCCGAUUUUAUUGACAUUGUCAGCCGUCUCCAUCGACGACUAGAAUUCCCUAAUCCACGCAAAGUUUGAAGCGUUUGACACUUUUCCCCCCACCCCAAAUAUAUUUAACCUAGUUUUUGCUCGUUAAUACAAUCGCUA